AUGAUUGGUUUUUUCACAAUUACACUAUGCGUACUCGUAGUUGUUUUAGCCCAGAGUUGUCCACCGAUUGGGUCAUCGCAAUCGGAUAUCAACUAUCAGCCACAUCCAACAAAUGCCUCGAAGUAUAUAGUAUGCAAUAACGGAGAGCCACAAGAAAUGGAUUGCCCGGAUAAGUUGGUAUGGAACCAGGAAGCUCUCACAUGCGAUUGGCCUAAAGGCAAUCCUAAGACCCUCGUUAUCAUAGUGGGACUGGUCACCGGAAGCUAUGCGAUAUUGUGUCCUCUUCUUGCCGAUGUUGAUCUGACUGUCCAUCUACCUCAUCCGACAAACUGUUCCCGAUUCCUGACAUGUGUGCAUGGUAUCCCAACCGAACAAGAAUGUCCAAAAGGUUUACAAUGGAAUGCGGCUUCAGGAGUUUGCGAUUACCCUUUCAGUGCGAAUUGUGUUGACUUCGAUGAAACGUCAAUUCUGUUCGAUGUGACUUCAUUAGAAAACGGGAUCUGUAUGUCUGAGCAGGAAGAGUGUCCACAAGGUAACCAAUCCGAGGAGCCAUUGGUGUUUUUUAAAGAUACGGACUGCCGGAACUUCCAUAUCUGUAUCGGCGGGGAGAAAUUAUCAAUGUCCUGUCCGCCGUCAACUUUCUGGAAGAGGGAACAGUGUAUCUGUGGUGCGACACCGGACGAGGAGUGUGUUGCAUUGGACCGUUUGAUCACACUGCCACCAUCAACGCCAUUAACGGAUGAACCCUCGGGGAGGGUACGUCGUUCAGUAACGUACGAAUCAACGGAAGCCGAAACAGUAGUUGUUUCCGAGAUCAUUACCGAAGCGCUGAUCGAAGAACAAGGAAUAGGAGAUCAAGAAAUUAUUAUUCAGCCGGCACCGGUUGAGUCAAGUGCGAUUAUUCCAACUUUAUCACUGUUUGCCGCUGCUGGUAUAGCGUUCACAUUAUAA